AUUUUGUGGAUGAUUUCAGGUGUCGAGGAGGAAGUCGGAUUCUAUGAGUCCCGUGAGGAAUCGCGAAGAAGUAUCUCUGGAUCUCACGGGAUCACCGUUGAAGGAUGAAUGUCCCAUUGAGGCUCUAGACAUUUCGGCCAAUUUGAGAGAUAAUAAGAGGGAAAAGAGCUGGGAAUCUGCAGAGGAGGAAUACCAGGGAGUCGAUCUGGAGGCUAUCAUAAAGAUUUUCAACAGCCUCAACUACAAUAUUGCAUCGGAAAGUGGAAUUUCCAUCUGGGCUCUCUCGCAGAGGGACUCGAAGAAUGCUCUGAUCCUGCAGAAGGAGUUCCUUCAUGGCUGGAACUCUCGUGGGAAGAUCUGGUCUGAUGGCCAGCUUCUGCUGGAGGAUGUGAACUUGGCAGCGCUCAGGACUGUUCAUUUGUCCUUUGUCGGCGGCAUUGAGAAGGUGGAGAUGGACAUAAGUUCGCACUACAAACUGGCGAGCAACAUUAUGCUGGAGUUCAACUGUAUCAACACAAACCAAACCACCCUAAUGAAUACCACCAAUUCCGUGUGCACUCUGCGACAAGAGCUACCUGUUGAUUCGAAGGAUUUUCUAGCGGAACAAUACUGGCGCCAAUUGAUAAUUCUCGACAUGAUUGCCAAGGAGAUUGCAAAGUACAAGAUGCACGAUGAUAAGCGGAUCGAUCCAGUGUACGACUGCGGAAGCAACAUCGCAACCAUUGAAUCGCUCAGGGACGAGAUAAGAGUGACUCUCACUGAACUUCCACUGAACAUGACAAAUCUCAAGACCACUGCGUCACAGAACACAGUGUCUUCCGUGCUGGGAAACACUCAUGAGCGCGACUGCCUGAGCAUCACUGAUAAACUGUGGGAUAUCCUUAAGAUGUCAGCCUCGUAUCGAGACCUCAAAAUGGCUUUCAACUUCAUCUUUCACUCUGCCUGCGAGAAUAAGAUUCUGAAUGUGGAAACCAGUGGCAAUCACUUGGCGAUGCUGAUUGAUUCUCUGGCUCACAAGGAGGUGAGUAUUCCUUGUCUCGUGGGAAGUGAGCCACUUGAGUUGCUGCUGGAAAUUGGUCUCGAGAAGGCGAGAAAGGACUAUGAGUACGUGUUCUCGAACAGCAAAGUGUGCUUCCCGGAAGAAUUACAGCUUCAAUUCCAGGGCGAGGCGACUCUGGAGGAGAAUCAGCCGUAUUCCAAGAGAUUGACGUCGCGGAAGUCUCUAUUGGGUGGCGGCAAUCAGGCCAAGUCAUCUCGAGCCACGUCGGCAAAGUCCCUGCUCAAGAAUCCCACCGGCCAAGAUGCCAUCGACGAUAAUAUGGUGGGAUUUCGCAAUAGUCACUUCAAUCGUGGCGAAGUGGAGUAUCGAUUGGCGAAGUUGGCACAGGUUCACUUCGUUCUCGAGCACUUGCUAAUAGCGGAGGGCCUGAAAUUGACCAACCUGAAUCAAUUGAUCACAAGGAGUCUCUUGGAUGCACCACUCGUGGCCAUGAAGGACCUCAACUCAGCUGAGCACUACACACUUAACAUUUCCGUGCCGAACGACCAAGUUGUGGGCCUCACGAAAUUGCAAAGGCCAAAUUCUCUGCGCAUUGUUAUGCGUUCCAUGAAUAAGUUCAGACAAGUGGAAAAUACUUUUUAUUACACUUCAGAAGCAAUUAUUCCGCCUGAAACUUUCCCAAUGAAUGCAGAAAAUUUAUCAGAAGUUGAUGAUGACAUUGAUAAGGAUUUGUAUUUGGUGCAUCGCUACUUGAAAAUCAGGACGCUGAACCGCAAUGGUGUGAAAUAAAUGAGAAUAUAAAUGCCUCUCGAGCAGGAUUUGACCAUAAAUGUAAUUGUAUGCAAAAUCGA